AUUUGAACAUUUGAACCAAAAAAAUAUCAGGGAAAUCUCUCAUCUAAAUUUCCGCCACCAUCCAAAAAUCCAAAGUCCACUCUUGCUCUCUACCAGACACACAGAGAAGAGAGGAGACUACACAAGCAAACAAAUUAAAGAGAUCACUUCAUAGAUAACAAUCAACGACAAUCAAUGGCUGAAUCACCACCAACGCUUUCUCUUCCUCCUCCUCCUCCUCCUCCUCCUCAGCCUAUUCACAUGGUCCCUCCCAUCGCAUCUGCAGAUCCACCUCCUCCACUCCUACACCCUCUCCAAUCCCCACCGCCGCCACCUCUACCUCCACCUUCACCGCGUUCUUCACUUCCCAUUUUCUUCAAGAGACCCUCGGCUAGGGUCACCUCAGAGUUUGACAGUGAUAGUUCCUUAUUAUUCCAUAAGGUCUCAUGUAAGUUGUUUGAUAGCUUGGUUAAACUCAAGCUCUCUUUCCAGAACAACAACAAAGGAGAGGUCUCUGAACCCCAAAUUACCUUCACUUCGAAACUCCUCUCCAUUCACUAUGAUCUUGCUGACCAAAAUGCUCUUAUCAAGGGCUCCUUUGAUGUGGGUCCCGCUUUGCAAAUCAGGGCUGCCCAUGAUGUCAAGGCUCAACAAGGAGAGUUGUCAAUGCUUGCAAAGCUUGCUGAUCCUGCCUAUGCUCUUGAGCUGUCAUCUCCUGUUCCAACAAUUGGUUUGCCAAGAGCAACCUUGAAAUUCCCCCUUGGCGAGGUUUCACUUGAGGAGAGAGAAGAUGAGGAAGUGAAAAGAACAUUGUCAAUAGGUGGAAUUGUCAAAGGCCAGAUUCUGAAUGGACUAUGCUCUGCUCAAUUCAAUGAUGAAGAUUUGAAACUAAGAUAUGCUUACAAGGAUGAAGAACUUUCAUUUAUCCCUAGCAUUUCUCUGCCUUCAAAUGCUUUAUCAUUUGCAUUCAAGCGUCGGAUCAGUCCCAAUAAUAAGUUGAGCUACUGGUACAAUUUUGACUACAACAACUGGAGUGCUGUGUACAAACACACAUAUGGCAAGGAUUAUAAAUUUAAAGCUGGCUAUGAUUCAGAUGUGCGCCUUGGUUGGGCUUCACUUUGGGUUGGAGAUGAAGGUGGAAAGGCCAAGACUGCCCCGAUGAAGAUGAAAGUCCAAUUUAUGCUACAAGUGCCGCAAGAUGAUAUCAGAUCCUCAGCAUUAAUGUUCCGUGUUAAAAAGAGAUGGGACAUAGGGUAGGUUUGUGCUGAGAGCUGCUCUUUUCUCACACAUUGUGGGUUCGAUAUGAGUAGUUCUGGGUGAUGUUCCAAUGUAAUGCAUAUUGCUACAUAAUGACAACAAAUGGUUUUUAUAAGUUUGUUAUUUGGGAAAAUGAAAAUCAUAAAUACGUGAUUAAAUUGGCAA